GCUGAAACCGCGAAGGAUCGCGAUAGAGCGAGGCGAGCGAGCGAGCGAGCGGGCGCGCGCGUGCCUUACGGCCUCUCGUGAACGUUUCACCGUUUCUCUCCGAAUGCCGCUCGUUCGCCGCGGAUCGCGGGACGAGAGGAUUCUACAUGUCCUACGUAAUCUGUCAAAUCGGCCGCGAUAUCUCGGAAGGCGGACGCGAGUGACGCGACAAGUGUAAGCGACUCGCGGAUAACGCGCCGCGCGCGAUAACGCCCCCGCGUUAACGUUAACGUCAACGAUGUCACGAGAGUGCGGUGAGCGCGACAGUGCGCGAAAACGCGCGGAUUUUUCGCGCGGACUUUGCGCGUGAUACGAUAAACGCGUGCCGCGAUUCGCAGCGACGUGGCGGAAUAACAUAAUCGCGGGCGAAUCACUUCGCGAUUUUUCCGAACGGCCGCCACGAUGUGCCUCCCGUCGCAAUCUUUACGACUAACCAGGCGGAACUUGCUUACGGGAUAUGAUGUCAGUGGAAUAAACGAAAGACGUGUGCGCCUUAUCGGCAGUUACCGUAUCGGUGCGCCUUAAAAAGCGCGCUGAAUCAUCACGCGGUAAAAUUGACGGUGCGCCGCGGUGCGUCGUUUACCUGCGCGAUUGGCUCUUACGCGGCAAGGUGUUGUUGCCGAGUUGCACAAUCGGGUACAAUAACGACGAAGGAGGAAAAAAAAAGAAAUCGGCUCCGCGCGCGCGGCGCGGCAAGAGUGUCUUCUGCCGCGAAAGUCGCGGCACCAUCGCGACUGACCGUGAUCCUCGGUGUUUAAAGAAGGUCACUGAAUCAACGACGACAGAGAGAUCAAAAGGAUCGAAGCGUCUAUUAAGACGCUUUGCUCUCUACCUCGCGUUAUACACACGGAAAAUCGUAACGGUGGGGAGGCAUUGCAGGCAGCGCGAGUUACUUGUCUCUCACUCAGUCGGUCGCUACGGCUCGCCACGGCUUUCACGACGGUCCGUUGGAUACCGAGGCGUAUCUUCUCUAACGUGAUUCCUUCUGCCAGUUAACCAAAGAAUACUGUGGUAAUUCCCGCGAAUAUUAUUUACUAAUUGAAUUAAAACGUGACGCUGUGUGCGCGAAGAACGCGACGAUGGGCUCGAAUCGAAGCGGGACUCGCAUCCCGGAACGGUGAACACUUACACGUGACGGACAGUGAUGAUCACGUACACGAUGAUCGAGCCACGCAGUGACAGGGUGACGGUCUGCUCACCCCAGACUCAGCACCAGUGCUAUCAAGUGAUACGUACCACCAGAGUGCACCAAAGUUCGCGAAGCUCGAGGAUGGUGACCGUUCAGGAGAAGGUCGUCAGAUCGCGUCUUCAGUUGGGUUACUCCACGCCGACGUCGUUCAUCAAUCGCUUCCCGACGAAGGUGGAGAGACCCUUGACGUCGCACAGCAGCACGGCCGCUAGCCAGAUCCACGGCAACAGCAUGCACGGCGCGUACUCGUCCGGCAGCCAGACGUCCCUGUCGACGACGUCGUACAUCACCGGCCAGUCCUACAUGCAGAAUCAGAAUUACGCGCACGGGCCUCCGUAUCCUGCCGCGGGUGUGCAGGUCUACUCGCACAACGCGACGGGCUACUCGCAGCCGCAGAGCUACGGCACCAUGGUGCAGGGAUUCGGCGGGCAACCACAGUCCGGCGGGUAUCAGCAGAGCCACCUUAAGAAGGGCUCGGUUCGCAACGGCGAUGUGCUCAAGCGGUGUCGACUGCAGACCGCAUACGAGCUGUCGCAGGAUCUACUUGACAAGCAGAUCGAGAUGCUGGAGCGGAAGUACGGCGGCGUGAAGGCGCGGAACGCGGCGUUGACGAUUCAACGCGCCUUUCGGAGGUACACGUUGCUGAAGAAGUUCGCGGCGAUCACGGCGAUGGCCAAGGCGGAGAAACGAUUGAGCAGGAAGCUUCAGGAAGCGGCGACCGAUCGCUCGGGCAACCUCAACGAUCACGAGAGAAUGGUUUAUCACAGCCAGAUAUACAUUCAGCAGGCGCAGUCCGCUAACAGACCGAUGCCGAUCCGAAGCAUGUCUCUCAGGGAGAGGCGGCACGUGGACAACUCGCAAUCGCCUAUACCGAGGAGUCAGAGCGGUAGAUGCGAGGUUCAGAUCAGCGGCCAUCAGCACACAAACCAUAAUUUGCAUCAGAGCGGUAGACACACGCCCUCAUUGGCGCCCAGCCCGUGCAACCGACAUCAGCAAUUACCACCGAGUCCCUGCUGGGAGUCGAGCUCCCAGGAGAGCGGCUCCAGUAUCCAUUACUACAAUCCACAGGAAGCCUUGUGCGGACUGAGACAAGAGACGCCGCCGAGAGACUUGCUGCGAACACCAUGUACAUCGCCGUCGACGCCGCACAAUCUACAGACGACUAUAUCGCAAAAUUGGAACAAUGCCAACCAGCUUGGUCCUGGCAGAACGAGAUGUUCCGCCAGUAAGAAGGUCCCGCCGGAGGUGCCGAAGAGAACGUCUUCCAUCUCCUCGAGGUCUAUGGAACCACGACACAAUGGUCUUAGUAAAAGCGUGGAGAACGGAAGUCUAAGCUCGGUGCAGAGUUCCGGCAGCGAUUCCACCAAUUGCGAGAGCUCCGAGGGCGAUGCUCAGAGAGGGUCGCCCGUCUGGAAGCACAAGGGGAUCUCGAGUUCGCCGGAACAUCAGGAAUGCGCGAGUCAUACCGGAGACACGGCGGCGAUGGCCGCUAACGUGAAGGAGCUCGGUCACUCACAUGCCAGCUCCGGCUACCAGCUUCCUCUGAUGGACCACACGGAGAGUCUCCCGCCUCAAACGAGCUACAAGGUGUCCGAAACAGUGAGGAAACGACAAUACAGGGUCGGCCUAAAUCUUUUCAAUAAGAAACCGGAAAGAGGGAUCAGUUACCUCAUCAGACGUGGAUUUUUGGAGAACAGUCCGCAAGGAGUCGCCAGAUUUUUAAUCAGUCGAAAGGGACUGUCCAAACAGAUGAUAGGAGAGUACCUCGGGAAUUUGCAGAACACUUUCAAUAUGGCAGUGCUUGAAUGUUUCUCUCAGGAGUUAGAUCUCUCCGGAAUGCAAGUGGAUGUCGCUUUACGAAAGUUUCAAGCCUACUUCAGAAUGCCUGGCGAGGCGCAAAAGAUCGAGCGGUUAAUGGAGGUCUUCAGUCAACGUUAUUGCCAAUGCAAUCACGACGUAAUAUCGAGGCUGCGGUCGGCAGAUACCGUUUUUGUCUUGGCCUUUGCUAUUAUCAUGCUUAAUACGGAUUUGCAUACACCCAAUCUAAAGCCCGAGCGCAGAAUGAGACUCGAGGAUUUCAUAAAGAAUCUACGAGGAAUUGAUGAUUGCGGCGACAUAGACCGGGAUAUCCUAGUUGGCAUUUACGAACGGGUGAAAGAUAACGAAUUCAAGCCCGGCUCCGAUCACGUGUCGCAAGUGAUGAAGGUCCAAGCGACUAUUGUUGGAAAGAAGCCAAACAUGGCGCUGCCGCAUAGAAGAUUGGUGUGUUACUGCAGGCUCUACGAGAUACCGGACAUCCACAAGAAGGAGAGACCCGGCGUACAUCAGAGAGAGGUUUUCCUCUUUAACGACCUGCUCGUCGUUACGAAGAUCCUGAGCAAGAAAAAGAACAGCGUAACUUACACUUUCAGGCAGAGCUUCACACUUUGCGGCAUGGUGGUUACUCUAUUCGAAGUUCCCCAUUAUCCAUACGGCAUAAGGCUCUCUCAGCGUGUCGACGGAAAAGUUCUAGUCACAUUUAACGCUCGAAACGAGCAUGACAGGUGUAAAUUUGUGGAAGAUCUUAGGGAGUCCAUCAGCGAGAUGGAUGAGAUGGAAACUUUGCGUAUCGAAACCGAAUUGGAAAGACAAAAGAGCAGUAGGGGCGCGCGGGGCGGUGCGGAAAACAGAGAUUCCGGCGUUGCCGAUGUGGAGAUAUGCCCUUGCCCCGGGACUUUUUCCGACAGAGCAGAAACAGUCGAUGUCGACACGCAAUUGAAACGUUCCGCCCUCAGUAAUUCCCUUUUGGACAUACACGAGCAGUUUGCCGGUGAGAAGCCACAGCGUCGUGGAAGCGUGGGUUCUCUAGAUAGCGGUAUGUCUAUUUCAUUUCAAUCAACUUCUGCCAGCUCGAUGAGCCAAGGCAUUAAGCAUCCAGGACAAGUUCAUCCUAUUCAUCCAGGGGCUACGAUCCCUGGUGUCGGUGGUAAGGGACUGGUUCAGCAGCCGUCUUUUUUAGGAGGUCUCUUCGCCAAACGAGAACGAAAACUAUCGCAAUCUGAAGAGUCCGGCCCUUACAGUCGUACCACGGAAGUAUAAUGUACUCUUCCAGUAACGUUAAACUGUACACUUUUUGUAUACCUGUUUUCUUCUAGUACGCUUCGUGUUUUUAAUAAGGAUUUAAAAAUGUCUCGCGUCGACGAGGAUUUUAAAUAUAUAGCAAUAAUUAUUCCCUAGUUUAUUCAUAUUAAUAAAAUUGCAAUUGUCAUUUCUCCUAUUUGGAGCUUCUCGUUACACGAUUUUUCUCUUAGAAAAAGAAAGCGAGUUAACACAAGCAGCAAGACUGCCGCGAACUGUUUCUAUUAGCGUACUAAUAGAGUAGUGUCAUUUUAUACGUACAUCACGAAGCGUGCUAAAGGAUUAGAGAGCUAACGACGACAGAUAACGUUAAUGACGUAAAGGAUUGGGCAGGAUCCAAUCGAGAAAUCACUUGGCGCAUUUAAAAAAGAAAAUUUUAACCUAUUCUCCCCUCCCGAAACUGUAUAGUAUUUAUUCAUGUAAAACAAAAAACUAAUGGACGCAUUUUUCAUACUGUAUUUAUAAUUUACGAGGACGCGAUAUUGAAUUGUGUGUAGAUAAUAUUAUUACAUUUUUUUUUUUGCUUAGUUUUUACAUCACAUAGACGAGCGUUAACGAAUAGAAUCUAAUGAAGAGAAAAUCGUGUAAGUCACAAAAAUUGUAAGAAUAUGAGAGAUACCUUAUCGAGAGUUUCUAAAUAGUAAUCGCUAUCAGCAAGUAUUAUCAUCAUCAUCGACUCGAGAAACUGUAAAUAGUAAGCGAUAGGCGUAUAUAACGACAUUCGAAACGAGUUGUCACGUGUAAACAAAAAAAUGCGUUAGCGUAAGGGAAACGAUAAGCAAUCUCUAUCGAUGUUAGGUGCAUGUUGAUGUCUAACGAUUUUUAUUAUCGGAAACGUGAAGUUUUUGAAUGUAGCAAUGAAAUAAGACUUAACGUAAGACAUAAAACGUGUUUGUCAUUAAUAGCGACCUAUUGAUAAUCAAUCACGAGAAGUAGUUUUUGCUUAUGUAUGUUGAAAUUUUGACUCGAAGUUGUUCACAUUUUCACUAAAAGGAGAAAAAGGAGGAGCGAAAAGAAAAAAAAAUCAUGUUAAAUAUAUCUACGAUUAAUUCGUUUCUCGUCUUCCGCGGCGAGAGAGUAGACGAUAGAUCUAAAAACGUCGAUAAUAAUACCGUCGUGAGAGUAUAAACACGUAAGCUAAGACACAUACGCGAGACGAA